GAGCUGGUCUCAUCUGUCUGAAGUCAUUUACCGAAGAAGUAGGGCAGUUACUUUUCCUAUAAUGCGAUCAGGAGACACUGAUCAAACUAUCAGUGUGUUUUUAUUCCCCGGACUUACACACCAUGGUGAAGUGAACUCAGGCGGGUUUCUCAUUGCAGAAGUGUCACACUUGUCUCUCAGCGGGAAGUGAAAACGAUCAUUUGCAGGCUACAAUUAAGUCGAGCGUGUUUUUAUCACCUCAGAUCAUAAAGUGUUAUCAUCGUUGGGAUCUGCUUUCUGCCUUGUGGACAUCAAGAAGAGAAAAGCAACGUAAUGUCCCACUGAUAUGUGCUGUUGGCAUCAUCUCAGCCGCACGAGAAGUUCAUGGGAAAAGGGCGCUGAGGGGACGGACCUGAGGGGAGAGGACAGCAGAGGAGCUUUUUACCAGGAGAGGAUGGAGGCGACUGUGUGUGGCGUGAGGAGAGAUGACGGCUCUAUCUGAAGUUGAAUAAACCUUUUUUUCAGCUGUUUGGGCUAAGCAGGUGUUAGGGAGUUGCCACAGCUGCUCGGGGAAUCCAGUGGAUGUGUUGGAGGUGAAGAGGCUGAGCACAGCGGCUGCCAGGCUGCAGCUAUGGUUGUUGAGGCAAGGUUUCCUCCUUCCUCAUCAGUGACCUCACCGUUUGUUUCACCAUGCCAGAAGACCCCAUUGCCUCCUCCUUCUACAUCGUCCUGGAACUGCUGAUUGCUUUGCUCUCCGUGCUGGGCAAUGUACUGGUCUGCUGGGCCGUGUGCCUCAACACAAACCUGCAGAGCAUCACCAACUUCUUUGUGGUGUCACUUGCAAUUGCUGACAUCGCUGUGGGUGUCCUGGCCAUUCCCUUCGCCAUCGUCAUCAGCAUUGGAUUCUGCUCCAACUUCUAUGGGUGCCUGUUCCUUGCCUGCUUCGUGCUGGUUCUGACACAGAGCUCCAUCUUCAGCCUGCUGGCCAUCGCUAUAGACCGCUACAUAGCAAUCAAGUUACCGCUCAGGUACAACAGCUUGGUGACAGGCGAGCGGGCACGAGGCAUCAUCGCCAUCUGCUGGGUUUUAUCCAUCAUCAUCGGUCUGACCCCCAUGAUGGGCUGGCACAAGCUGCCCAUAAACAACCACACCCUCUGCUCGCCUGGCCUGAUGAAGUGCCUGUUUGAGGAGGUGGUGGUCAUGGAGUAUAUGGUCUACUUCAACUUCUUUGCCUGUGUACUAAUUCCCCUGCUGAUGAUGCUGGCCAUCUACCUGUGUAUCUUCAUGGCCGCUCGCCGCCAGCUCAAGCUGAUCGAGGUGAAGGCGGUUCAUGGAGAGAAGUCGCGCUCCACAUUGCAGAAAGAGGUCCAGGCUGCCAAGUCUCUGGCCAUCAUUGUCGGGCUGUUUGCAGUCUGCUGGCUGCCUCUACACAUUAUCAACUGCUUCACCCUCUUCUGUCCUCUGUGUGAUCGUCCUCCGGCCUGGAUCAUGUACGUGGCCAUUAUUCUUUCCCACGCCAACUCGGUGGUCAAUCCCUUCAUCUACGCCUACCGCAUCAAAGAGUUCAGAAAAACCUUCCGUAGGAUAAUCCGGCGCCACAUCCUGGGCCGGCAUGAGCUGUUAGAGACUGGUAGCAGCAUGCGCAACUCCACUCACAACAGUUUUUCUGACUCUAUCAGACUCAAGGCAAACGGCCUCAGCAGUGACCUUUUCCCUGAACACAGCACCAGCAGCAGUAGUUGUGAAAGCUCCUACCGCUGCUCCACUAACAUCUCUCCUGUGGGGAGCAGUCUGGUGGCAGUAUCCCGCCCCCCUCUGUCAGUCAUUAUCGCCCACUGUCCUAAGAUGGGCCCUUGUCCACUGCAAAUCCUCAGACAGUCUCAUAUAGGACAUCAUCUACAGUAUGCGGAGCAGCAGCAUGACUGCGUUGGACCAGAAGUGGUGGAGGAUAAGGACAAAGAGAACCUCUGCAAGCAGAACACAAAGAGUUGCUUCAGUGAGCUGGCAAAGGUGUGCUGACCCAUGCAUAUUCAUUAAUAAUCAGGAGCCUUGCAUGUUAAAUGUUAGCUUGGCAGCACCUCACGAAUGAUUGGAAUAACACCUGAUCCGCAGUGGAAAUGGGAGCACUGUAAAAAGAUAAUGGACAACGAAUUUCACUGAGGUAACUUAAAUCUCUUUGCCAUGAGAAACUGUUUUCAGGAUUUGAAUACAGUGACUAUUUAAAGAGAUGGGUUGGAUUUUUUUUAAGUCUGGUUGUCUGGGGUACUUAUCUAUAGUCAGUGUAUUACUAACAGUAGAUGUCAGUCGGCACGCCCUCAGUUUGGAGAAGCAGGCUGGGGUCUGACACGGAAGCUAAACAAUGUACUGCUGUGGAUGGAGUCAGCAGCAAAACAGCCACGUAAAAUAAAGUCCCACCUACAACAAAAUCAGUUAAAGUAUGCUGUAUUAAGAGUAUUUUUUACUUCUUAACCUUUCUGUCAGACAGCCAACGGGGGAAAACGUUAAAGGCUUCAGUUCCCUCCCCUCUCAUCAAGGCCACCAGACUCCAUUGACAAAAACAGUAAUUUUAGCUCACUGAACACUGGAGCUUCUGGUCUACUGCUGCUUCAAUCAGUCAGUUUGUUUUAUUGAGUAACUUUGCUGAACCUGAACAUACCAUUUUAAAUGUCAAAGUCACACAAUAACACAAACAAAUGAUUGCUUGGGGCAGUGGUAAGUCUGGCUUUGAAGAGAAGUGUCUGACAAAGCAGGGAAAAUACUCUCAAUAUAGCGAACAUUUACAGUGGUUUUGAUUUGUUUAGGUGGGACUUUUUAAGGUGGCUAAAAUUUGACUUGUUUAAUUUAAACCAGGUUAAAAGUCUAAAAGCACUGUUGGAGGCCCAAAGAGUUUGUGCUGCUUCAUAACACCCCACAUGACCAUGAAAAUGACUGAAUGACUGCCAUUUUUAUUUUUAAGGUGCAGGCACUUCACACAUCACAAAUGGCUCUGCGUUCAUUUCAACAAACAAGACUAAAUGCUUUCGCUUUCUCUUUGUGAAUAGUUAAGAGUACAAAUGUACUUUGAACAGUCAAACUGUGCGACCCACUGAAGCUUAGCCAAUAUAGAGAGAAGGGACAGUAUGGACCCUCACUCUCUUAAUACAUUAGGAGUGAUUCAUUGUUGACUUUUCAUAAUGUCCAUCUUUGUUGAACUGCAGGCUGAAAUAAUACCAUAGUGUGUGAGUAAAUUUCAUCCUGUCAUUUCUGAUCUGAAUGGACCAUUGGCUGAAGACUUAUUGUAAGACUUAUUAUUAAAUUAUUGGAACAUAUUUAAAUUUUCAGGGAUGUGGGUAUAAAUGCACUGUGAUGGAUUUCACCUUAUACCACUAUCAUGGAUCAUGUGCAGAGGAUUAUUUCACAUUCAGUCUUGCACCAUCAUUUGCACCAUAUUUUGAUUCAGUCCAUCCAUAGGAGCUGCAUGGUGCAGACAGCGACACCAAUCUGCUUAACAAAGUUCAAGCUCAUUUGCAGAGCUUCUUUUCUCACAUUUGUCCUAUUCCUUACUCUCACUUUGUAAUCCAGCUUCAUUGCAUAGGUUUAUGUGUCACAACAUUAAAUGAAUGAGUUCUAAUUGGACUAAAAUAUAAAAACAGGACUUUCACCAGUGACAGAUUGGUUCAUGUUUGUGUCAAAGGCAAUAUAAUGUUUGACAUGUUUUAAAGCUAUAGGCCCUAGAGUUGGUAAUGUAUUGCUCAAAUGUAACUUUGUAUUUUUGUUGGCUCUGUGUAACUUGACUUAUUUAAGUUAUAUUAAUGUAAAUGUUGGCUUCUGGGCUAGUUUGAUGAAUGAUGGGAUAUAAUUGUAAAAGGUUAAUGAAUGAUUAUAUUUUAUAAUUUCAAACUCAUGGAUGAAGUUCUUGUUUUUUAUUUUUCCUGAUGGAUGUCUCCCUAAUCCAGCCCAGCUGUUGCCUUCUGUGCUAUUAUCACAAGUAAUACUUACAGGGUUUGAACUCAGCAAUGGCCACAAUGGCACAUUAAUUAUUCAUUCACUGUAGGAGCAGCUCCAAGCUUCACUUUGGUUCCUCACCAUUUAGGGUUUGACAUCGGAUCAGGUCUACAAAUGAGUUCGAGAUCUGGUUUGCUCAUUCUGGGAAAAGGUUAGUUAAGUAGUCAAACUAUCUUUGGAGUUAUUUAUUUUCCCAGCUUUUAUCACAAGUCCCCUGUGAGUUCAUGUUGCAGGGUGCAGGGCCCACUUCUUUUUCCAUGUUUCCCCACGGGUCUGUAGUGCUUUUUUAAAGAUUCACCACAGAAAGCUCCUGGGUGCUCAUGCUCUACUGCUGUCCUGCGUGGCAGCAUCUUGUCUCCUCAGCUGAAUUAUGUCAAGGGUAUGAUCCCAAACUUUAGGCUAUUAAAGCUCUAUGGGGUAUCUAGUGAGAAAACAUAUGUAUAGUAAAUAUGGAGCUACAGCCAGUUUCCAAACAAGGAAACAGUAUGGUGGCUUCUGUUUAAAGGCAAAAAAAUUACAAGCACAUCUGAAGCUCAUGGUUUAAAACAUUGAAUGAUACUGUUUUAUGGUGGUUUAUGUGCCCACUGGUUAUUACCUUCAGACCAGGCUAGCUAUUUCCACCUAUUUUCAGUCUUUACGCUAAACUAAGCUAAGCUAAGCAGUUGCUGGUAGUACUUUUACUACUGUAUAUUGGUUCAGUCUUACAACUCUCAUCAGCUCACAUUUACAGGCACUACCUGCUCAUUAUCAAACAGCAAACAGACAAAGUUAAAAAAAGAGCUGUUGAAAAUAAUGGAGCAUUAAACAGCAAACAGCACUGUCUCUUACAAGUUAUGUUCUAAUGUAACCAAAAUCAGGAUUACCUUAACCAAAGUGCUUUUAUUUUCAAAACCUAAGACAGGAGCUCUGGAUGAGAAUCCAAAUUCUGGUGUCAAUGUCCUGCUCUUUGUAUGCCUGUCACCCUGCCCAACUACCUCCUUGCAAAGCCUUCACUGUACAUGAAUGUAGAUUUUCCUAACCUGAAAGACAGAUUGUCUCUGAACAUAAUCCAAGGUGGGGAAUCUCCAGCAACACUUCUUGUUUUUAGAACAACUUCAUUGGUCAACAUGAUUCUGAUGAUGGCCACAAGCUGGAAUGCUUUGGUUUGCAAUAAAAUUGCUCUAAAUAAUACUAGUGCUGCUGGAUUUUGAAUGCCUUUAAUUUGUCUUCCUUCUCUGUGCACCUUGGUAGUAGGUGAAGUUGCUCCAGAAACCCUCCAAGUCCAAAAUUAACUUUAUUUUUAGCUCUGUUUUGGUGUCCGCCAGCUCCUUAGAGAAAUAUCUGGCUCUUUAGGUGCAAUCCUAUCCUAGAAAUUACAUUCACAUUUUACUAAACUGCUUUUUUAAUUAUGAUGUCGUGGCAAUGUAAUUGCUGCCGGGAUUACAGUAUUGCAGGUUCAACUCUCCAAAGGUAUAGAGUAGUGCAGGAAUAAGUCCUUAAACCCAGAAAUGAGAUAGCAUUUUAGCAAAAUGUGUAAUAUAAACUUUUGUUUGCUACAGAGCUUAUUUUCAGCAAUAUUCCAAAAUACAAUGGAAAAACAAUAUUGGCUUUAUUUUGUUGAAGGAACCAGUGCGAUUUUAAUUUUUGGUUCCAGUUUGUGGUGGGAAACAACAAAGCCUCUUUUUCAGUCAGUGUUGACAUCAUUGUCCAGCAGGUAGCUAUAAAUUAUGGCUACCCGCUGGACAAUGAUGUCAAGAGUUUAUAUUAUUCUGUUUCUUAUUAAAGUUUUAGACAAGAAAUGUAGUAACAAAACUCUUGUCUUAGGUUUAGACAUCAAAUGCCCUUUGGUUAAGGUGAGGAAAAGUUGUGAUUUGGGUUACAUUAUAAUGAGAAAUGUAAUAUUAAAACCUCUUGUCUUGGGUUCAGACAUCAAAUGCACUUUGAAAACAAUAAUGCUGUAGUCACUACAUGUGGACACUGUAUUGCUUGAUUGAUUUUUUGGUCAAAAACAAACAAACAAACACAAAAGCAAAAUACACAGCCAGUGAACAUUUUGCUGAUAUGUUCAGUAUCAACAUUUUUGCAACGUGCCAGAUAUAUUCACUAGCAACAGUUCCUCAUUAUGUUAACAGAAAACUUUUUCUUUCCUCAGCGGUACUUUUUGUUGUUUUAGGUUAGUUGUAUAUAAACAUGAUUUCUAGGAGACAGGGCUGCACAAACAUCAACAUAUUAAACUUCAGAGAUCCAAAGGAACAAUGAUAAAGAAAAGAAAAAUGAUCCAAAGGUCCACAAAGCUUCUCACACUUUACAGUUUAAAAGUCCAAGCCUUCAUACAGUAGAUUUCCAUGACUGUGUGACUAAGACCUGACCUACAACAUUUGCAAAUACAAUGACACUGCUGGUUGCUUUUACAGCAACUCCUCAGCUCUUAAAUUUUCAGGUUGCAACCUUAGAAUAAAAACAAAAGCAUCCUCAGUUUCAUAAGACACUUUCAGUUUUCAGUUGUGGCUUUAAUCUCAUUUUCUGAGCGCAGAAACACAGGAUGACUUCCAGUGAAGAGAUGAUAAAAAAUAUAGGGCUGAAACUACUGACUACUUCUUGGUAUUAUCUAUAUAGGUUUCACCUGUGUCCUCAUGAUUGAUUUGUCACCCUGAUAAAGGCUGUGUGCCGCAAUGCGUAGGUGCAUUUUAUCUUUUACAGUGUAUUAGCCACUUCAAAUAAAGGCUUUUUAAUCUUUGGACCUCAAGAGUGCCUUGGACACCUCCUUUUUUGCCACAAAGGAAUGGCAAUAUUUCAAUUCAUAAAAUGUAUGCGCAACACAGUGAAAUGACACAGAAGAAAUGUAUUGAACAUGUCAAAUGAAAUAUAUUUAACCCUUGGAGAAGCCUUUGUUUGCAGCGUCAGCUUCAUGAAACUUCCUUUAUGAAAAAACAGAUCUCUCACACUGUUCAUUCUUCCUGCUUGUGCAUCUUGGGAAAGAAAUUUGACUUUAAUAACUUCAACGGUUCUCUGUUCCGAAACACUUCCUGAGUAUUGUCAAAAAAAAGGUGAUGUUACACAGUGGUAAAUCUGUCCUUAUCCCAAGUUUAUAUGCUGGAGGCAUUAUGUUUUCGGUUGUCCAUCUGUCGGUCCAUCCAUCCAUCCAGUCAGUUGAAAGAAGAGAACUUGACAUGCUGGCCCAGCACGUCAACAACCAACGCACCUAGGGCUCCUUGCACGUUGUAUGUGGACAUGGAAAGUCUAUGACUAAAACAUCACUAUGUGACGAGGUUGGACCGAGAAUGUGUUGAUUUGGUGGUCGAAGGUCAAAGGUCAAGUUCACUGUGACUUCACAAAGCAUGUUUUUGGCCAUAACUCAAGAAUUAAUACAUAGGGGUGUUGGUGGCUUAGUGGAUAGAGCAGGCGUCCCAUGUACAAGGGUGUUGCCGCAAUGGCCAGGGUUCGACUCCAGCCUGUGGCAUAUAUAUAUAUAUAUAUAUAUAGAAUUAAUAUGUUAAUCAUGACAAAAUUUCACGCAAAUGUCUUUAAGGUCAAAAAUCAGCUUCACUGUGACAUCAUAAUAACUUGCAAAAACUUUCUGGCCAUUACUCAACGUCUUAUCUUAGAAACAUAGGGGGACAUUUGGUCAGAAACUAAAUGCAUAACACUAAUCUUGGGUGCCCAUGUCGAAACUGUGCUGAUUGCAAAGAUCUUUUGUGCUGCAGAUGUGUGUGAAGCAUCGAUGCUUUCACAGACAUGGAUUUAAACUGUAAAUGCUACUUGACAUGUUCGCUGAGGCAUGCAACCAUAAAGCACAAAUUCUAGUUUGGAACAUGCUACAGGCAUCAAAUUCAGAAUAGGUGUGUAUUUCCAAAAGCAACUAAGUUUAUUAGUUUGAAGAUUAAAUAUCUUGCUACUGUAUUGUACCAUAUUAAACUGAACAUAGGUCAAAAAGGAUUUACAAAUCAUUACAUUCUUUUUUUUUAAAUUUAUGUUUGAAAGUGUCCCGACUUUUUUUGAAUUGGGGUUGUAAGAGAGUGAGAAAACUUUUAGCAGCAAUAAAUUAACAUCUAAGGCAGAAAUAUCUUUCCCGUGUGUGAUGUUUAUCAGGGUGUAAACCUGCAAUGCUUCAGUUUGGGUCAAAUGCUGAGUGAAUUCCCAAGUACAGAACUGUUA